GCUAGGCCGACACAGCAGCUCAAGUUCGUCUUCUGAUCAGCUUCUCAGCUCAUCACCUCCACUACUCCCUAUUACAAUGGCCAAGGCAACAGCGUGGUGCCUGGUGGUGCUGGCGGCGGUGGCGCUGGUGGCGGCGGAGGCAGACCCCGGCCGCCCCUACUACAAGAGGCCCUACUCAUACAACCAGCAUGGCGGUCACGGCUCCGUCGGCAUCGGUUCCGUAGGGCACGGCGGCCACUCUUCUCACGGUCAGGGAUUCGUCGGGCUGGGCUCUGUCGGGCACGGAGGUCACGGCUCUUCCUUUGGCCUCGGCGGCCGCGGCUCCGUCGAUCACCUCGGCGGCCACGGCACUUUCGGGCACCUCGGCGGCCGCGUGAAGGGCGUGCACGGCGGUAAGCACUACCACCCCUACCUCGGGGGAAGGUGGGAGUUGCUGUGCGUGAGUCCGUUCGUGGCCGCCGCUGUAGUAUAUAAGGCUAGGGGAGGGUUUGGCCGACACACCUUGACUGCUUUACCUGCCGACAACACAUCUCCAGUUCGUUCUACAGAUAGAACUAUGGCCAAGCUGACGUGGUGCCUGCUGGUGCUGGCGGCGGCGGCGCUGGUGGCGGGGGAAGCAGACCCUGGCCACCACUACGGCAAGGGCUAUAGGCGGCCUACCUACUACGGCCAGCGGCAACCCUACGGCAGCAGCGGCUCCUUUGGGCACGUUUCCUCCAUCGGCCACGGACCUAUACAUCUUCUCCUCCUGACGAUGGCCAAGACAGCUGCAGUGUGGUGUGCGGUGGUGCUGGCGGCGGCGCUGGUGGUGGCAGCAGAACCUGGCGUGUAUACCUCGAAGCGGCGACUCCACGGCAGCGGCGGCCACGGCGGCGACCACUCACUGGAGGCGUUGACCAACCACUCCAAUGAGAAGCACGGCGCCCACUUUGGCGGGAGUAGCUCUUUUAAAGGCCACAGUGGCGAGAGUCACUCCUUUAAAGGACACAGCGGCGAGAGUCACUCUGGCUCUGGUGCGCUCGGUGGAGCAUCCUUCAGGGGGAGUCACUCAGGAACACACGUCGGCGGCUCAUUAAGCGGCAGACAUUCUCCCAAACAACACAGCGCCGGACACGCUGACUCUGCUGUGCUCGGUGGAGCAUCCUUCGGCGGAAGUCAUUCUCUCAGUGGACACAGCGGCGCACACUCUGGCUCUGCUGCGCUCAGUAGAACCUCCUUCGGCGGAAGUCACUCAGGAACACGUGGCGGCGGCUCCUUCGGCGCAAGUCACUCUCUCAAAGGACACAGCGGCGCACUCUCUAGUCCUGCUGCGCCCAGUGGAACCUACUUCGGAGGGAGUCACUCAGGAACACAUGGCGGCGGCUCCUUCGGCGGGAGUCAUUCUCUCAAGGGACACAGCGGCGCACACUCUAGCUCUGCUGCGCUCGGUAGUGGUUCCUUUGGCGGGAGUCACUCAGGAACACGUGGCGGCGGCUCCUUCGGCGAGAGUCACACUCUCAAAGGACACAGUGGUGGACACUUUAGCUCUGCUGCGCUCAGUGGAACCUCCUUCGACGGGAGUCACUCAGGAACACAUGGCGGUGGCUCCUUCGGCGGGAGUCACCCUCUAAAAGGACAAAGCGGCGCACACUCUGGCUCUGCUGCGCUCAGUGGCGGUUCCUUCAGCAUGAGUCACACUGGCAGCAGUCACUCAGGCGGGAGUCACUCACUGGCAGGGCACAGCGGCAGUCACUCGCCGGGAAGCCUUUCUCUUCGGAGCCACGGCGGCAGUCACUCCGCUGCUCCAGGGGGGGACUCCUUCAGCACCCGUGGGAGCCUCUCUGGCAGCACCCACUCUCUUGCUGCCAGACACUUUGGACUGACCCACACUGGCGCCAAACUCUCCAGCAGCAGUCACGCCGCGGGCAGCCACUCACAGGAUGAACGUGGGGUAAGUCUAGGCGCCGGUCACCUUGGAGUGAGCCACUCUGGCAGCAGUCACUCCAGCAGCAGCCACUCCCUGGGUACAUCCAAGGGAAGAAUUGCCGCGAGACGAUUUGGACUGACCCACUUCGGCGGCGGUCAUUCUGGCAGCCUCUCCAGCACCAGUCACUCUCCCAGCUCCAGCACCAGCCACAGCGGCAAGAUGUCGACGGAUCGUGACAGUAGCUCUAAGGAAAACGGCCGGCGCCGCGGCAGCUUCAGGCGCCACCACUAGAUCCUCCUGUGCACGCCCACGACCCUGCCCGUGACCAAGACAAGUAACGCAGCCACGACCACGGCCCCGCAAGGCAAGGUGGCGCGUCGGUCACCUUUCCACGCACGGCCCAUGAUUCUGAAAUGACCCUCCUCCUCCUCCUCUUCCUAUUCUUCUUUCUCUUAUUGUAUUCAACGUAACUGUGUCACUUUGUUUUCCUUCUUGUC